AUGCAGAACAACAAUUGUGAUUAUCUGUCGUUUGCGUAUAACACUCUGCGGUCGAUCGGCGUGUUUUCUUCGAGUGACUCGACGAAAUGGACGCAGUGGUCUUUAAACUUUUAUCGGGCGAUCAUUUUUAUCGUCAUGACCUCGAUCACGGUUCUGUUGAUGGUUCAGAUAUCCGUGGCCACCAUCGACCUAUCGCAUUUGGCGAGGACCAUAGACAUUUGGACGGUGUUCUUCUCGGGCAUGUACAAAUGGUCGUACAUGACUGUGUUCAACGGCGAAUUUGCCCAGCUCAAAACCAAGUUGACGGUAAUACAAGCUCAAGGAUCGGCGGCGUACGGGAGCUCGGCCGACGAGUUUACGUCCAACUAUUUAAAGCCAAUGCGAAACAUCAGCUUUUGGUAUAUGUUCAGCGGUGUGGUUGCGGCUAUUUUCAUAGACCUCUACCCCUUGUUGACCUAUCCGAAGGGCGAUCAAUCUGAUUCUCAAUACUACAACGAUCCAAAAAGCUACUGGUUGAGCUGUUGGAUGCCAUUCAAGUUGAACGAAAAUUGGAUGUUUCCAGUGGUUUUUGCCUGCUAUUCUUUUGCGUCGGUGUUCAUCGUAAUGAUAUACUUGGGAAUUGAUACGUAUUUUUUUGGAGCUAUUUAUGCUGUAGGCGGUCAAAUUGAAUUACUAAAUACAUCGAUAAACAAUAUCGAAAACAUUUUGGCCCAAUGUAAGUAUAAUUAG